AUGCUCUUCUACGGCCCUCCUGGUACUGGUAAAACCUCGACUAUUUUGGCAUUGGCUAAAGAAUUAUACGGUCCCGAGCUCAUGAAAAGUCGAGUACUGGAACUAAAUGCUUCAGAUGAGCGUGGUAUCUCAAUUGUCCGUGAAAAGGUCAAGAACUUUGCCAAAACUGUGGUUUCAACGCCGACUGAAUACCAACGCACUCAUUAUCCAUGCCCUCCAUAUAAGAUUAUUAUUUUGGAUGAAGCCGAUUCAAUGACCAGUGAUGCACAAUCUGCCCUUCGUAGAACUAUGGAAACAUACUCGAAAAUUACCAGAUUUUGUCUUAUUUGUAACUAUGUUACGCGGAUAAUUGAUCCACUGGCUUCUCGUUGUUCGAAAUUCCGCUUCAAACCCCUAGACCAAUCUAAUGCCCUUGACAGACUAGAAUUUAUCGCUAAACAAGAAAAUGUCAAGUACGAGCUUGAUGCCUUGACGAGGCUCAUGGAUGCCUCCAAUGGUGAUCUCCGUAAAGCUAUCACCCUGUUACAAUCCGCUUCAAGGCUCAACACACUAUCAAGUGAUAAAGUUGGGGAUAGUGGUUUAAAUGAAGCAGAUUUUGAGGACGAUGAUGAUGACGUACAGAUGACUGAUGCUACAGAGGUAAAAGCCAACCCUGCAUCUGACAAGGUUACUGUAUCUAUGGUGAAUGAAAUCUCGGGCACGGUUCCCGAAGAGACUGUAGACGGCCUUGUAGCAGCCUGCAGGUCUGGAACGACCUUUGACAAGGUAUUCCAAUCUGUGCAACAGUCCGUGGAGGAUAUUGUGCUUAGCGGCUGGAGUGCUGGUCAACUCAUCAGCCAAGUCCAUGACAAGCUCCUCAAUGAUGAAUACAUCACCUCAACGCAGAAAAGCGGUAUAUCUUUGGUUUUGUCCGAAACAGACAAGAAUCUUAAUGAUGGCUCUGACGAACACUUGGCUCUGCUUAGCACAAUGACCCGUAUUUCAAAAAUUCUAGUUAGUUGA